AUGGCCUCCAGUGGUAUCCUUUCCUUCAUUUUCACUGCGCUCUACAUCACUGCAGUGAAGAGUGGUGAUUUUGUAAAGGUGGAGUGCAAAACUAAAAACUUGGGACAUUAUGGUCAACAGUCACUGCUGGAGUGUGUCAUCCAAAUGUCAAAAGAUGUACAGGAUCCAGUUAUCCGUGUGGUUGCUUGGAAAAAACUGAGCUCUCCAGGAGAUGAAGAUGGCAAAAUCAUGUUGGGUUAUAGCAAAAGUUCAUUACAAACAACCCAAGGCUACAGGUUUGCUGAACCAUCCUGGAACGAGAGGAACAUGAAUGUAUCUCUGCUCAUCACCAACACUGCAGUGACAGAUGAAGGACUUUACAGCUGCAUGGUGAUCACAGACAGUGGUGAUCACACCAGCUUCACUACCCUUAAAGUCCAAGCUAAAUACAGUGCUCCAACUGUACGCUCCGCCCCUGAGAAAAUUGUCCCAAAUAUAGACAGUGCCCUGAUCUGUGAGUCUGAUGGAGGCUAUCCAAAGGGUAAACUUCGCUGGUUUGAUGGACAAAAUUACGAGUGGACAGAAAGCUCUGAACUGGAGGUGAAACAGACUCCCAGUGGGUUGUUUCAGCUCUCAAGCACACUUUAUUUGUUUGGAGGAUCCACUGCCUUGAAGUAUAAAUGUGCUGUGUACAAUGCACAUAAUAUUUGGGCCCCCAAGACGGAAUUCUGUGAGGAUCCAACAGUGGGUGACAAAACACAUGUGGAGCCCAUGCAGGAUGGCCCCAUACCUGGGUCCUGGGCCCUACAUUUCACUUUGGGGCCUAUAGUGGGCAGCCCAAUGUGGGCCCCAAGACAUGACCCACGGCCGGCUGAGCUCUCCAAAUUAGUCACCCCUUUUGUGGUUAUGGGCUCACUGAUUGUAGGAUUGCUGUGUGUGCUGUUGCUCUACAGAAGGCGAUCUCUACAGCCCCAGAGACACUCUACUGCACCCCUCAUGGGUAAGUCCUAA